AUGACAUCAAGCACAGAAAAGGAUCCGCAGCAGACCCUGCAGUCGGUCGAAGGGCAUGCUCGAAGCGAUGCCGAUGCGGCACUUGAGAUGCUGCAAGAGCAUGGCUCACAGACAGAGAUCCUUGACCCUGAGAAACACAGGCAACUUGUCCGGCGUAUUGAUCUACACAUCAUGCCCUUGAUCUGCAUAGUAUACUUUCUUCAAUACCUUGACAAGAUUGCUAUAUCUUAUGCGAGUGUCACUGGCAUCAAAGAGUCUGCCCACCUCCAGGGCAAUGAAUUCAACUGGAUAGCGAGCAUGUUCUUCUUUGGACAGCUUGCCUUCGAAUUCCCCACCAUUCGCCUGAUCCAACUAUUCCCCUUGGCCAAGUACGUCGCUGUAAACGUCGUCAUUUGGGGCGGCGUCCUCGCUUGUCUGGCAGCCUGCAAGUCUUUCGCGACUCUCAUGGUCUGCCGCGCCAUCCUCGGCAUGGCAGAAGCUGCCGUCGUGCCGGCAUGGGUUGUCUUCACGUCCCAGUGGUAUCGCAAGGAGGAGCAGGCUUUCCGCGUCGGCAUUUGGUUCUCAAUGUGCGGUUUUGCGCAGCUUCUAGGUGGUUGCUUCUCUUACGGAGUCGCCAACCACGUCGGAGGCGACGUGCACGCCGCUCUAAGAGGCUGGCAGGUGAUCUUUCUCUUCUUGGGCCUGCUGACUUCCGUGAUCGGCAUCGUCUUCUGGUUCGUGCUCCCGGAUUCGCCUCUCUCGGCCAAAUUCCUUUCCGCCGAGGAGAAAGCGCUGCACGCGGAACGCAUGCGCGAGAACGAGCAAGGCAUCGGCAACCGCAUCUUCAAAUGGAACCAGUUCUGGGAGGCCAUCAAGGACCCCAACACCUGGCUGUACGCCUUCUGGAUAUUUGCUGCCAACAUCCCCAACUCGAUAGCAACAAGCUUUGGCAACAUUCUUGUCACCGGCAUGGGCUACACCAGCAAGGAGAGCUUGCUGCUCGUGACACCCCUUGGUGCGUAUGAGAUCGUUGUGCUGAUCGGCCUCACAUACCUCGCGAGCAAGACUGGCCAGCGUUUAUGGAUCUGCAUUGCGGGUCACAUACCCUCGAUCGUCGGCGCUAUCCUAAUGGCAACGACCAACAAAGUUCCUGCACUUGUAGGAUUCUACCUCAGUGGCGGCAUCCCUAUCGGCUGGACGACCAUCCUCGCGUUGCAAAGUACAAAUGUGGCGGGAUCGACCAAGAAAAUCACCGUCACUUGCAUAGGAACCAUAGCCUACACUGUCGGGAAUAUCAUCUCGCCUCAGACGUUUCAGGCCAAAGACGCCCCCAGGUAUAUGCCUGCGAAGAUAUCUAUCUGCAUUCUUUACGUCUUAAUUACAAUCGAUCUAUACCUGAUACGUCUAUUGGCAGUGAGAGAGAACAAGAAGAGAGAUAAGGAGAGAGAAGAGCUGGGAGACAACUAUGUGGUAGAGAAGAAUCACGAAUUCUUAGAUCUCACCGAUCGAGAGAAUAGGGAGUUCAGAUAUGCGGUAUAA